AUGACUCAAACUGCGACUGACUCGCCUGACCCUCAAUCCCAGCCUAGGAUUCGCCAUGAGUGGUAUCAAACAGAUGUUGAAGUCGUCCUAUCCGUCUUUGUUAAAAACACCAAGUCUGAGGACAUCAAUUGCGACUUUGGGCCACGUUCAAUCUCGCUAAAUUAUAAGCUACCGACCAACGGUUCCGAGGGAUGUUUUGAUCUGGACCCUCUGAGCUACGAAAUUGAACCAUCGCAAUGUUCGUGGAAAUCUCUGCCUUCGAAAAUCGACAUUCGACUAAAGAAGAAAGUCCCUGGGAUCAAGUGGCUGGUUAUCGAAGGAGAUCAGGCCGAUUUACCUGCUCCAACAAUCCUUCAAGAAUCAAGCACUGCCACUGAUGUGACCCGACAGCCCGCCUAUCCCUCAUCAGCCCGCCGAAAAACCAAUUGGGAUCAGCUGGCGAAUUCUGUUGAAAAGGAAGAAGAGGAAGUAAUCAAGAACCUCAAGGAUCCCAACGCCGGAGGAGACCGAGCUGUCAAUGAAUUAUUUCAAAAGCUUUAUGCUGAUGCCACAGAUGAACAGAAGAAGGCGAUGAUGAAAAGUUAUGUGGAAAGUAACGGUACGGCUUUGAGCACCGAUUGGUCUGACGUUAGCAAGAAGAAAGUGGAGACUCGACCUCCUGAUUCGAUGGUUGCCAAGACUUGGAAAGAGUGA